AUGGGAUCACUCGAGAGUGCGAUUAGCGGUGCUCUGGCAUCUUCACUAGCAGACACAGUGGUGUACCCUCUGGACGUAGCCAAAACUCUGAUUCAAACUCAGGCCAAACGGAAAGAAGAUAAAGAAGUCGCCAACGACAAGGAGGAAUACUAUGAAAACACUUGGGAUGCGCUGGUUAAGAUCAUGAAGGCUAGAGGGAUUCGCGGUCUCUACCAAGGUCUUCCUGCGUCAAUCAUAGCCGGCUUCCUUCAAAGCUUUUCUUACUUCUUUUGGUACAGCACCGUUCGCAAAGCGUUUUUCCGAUUUAAACUUAUCAGAGGAAAGAUCACCAAGUUUUCUACUCCCGAAGAAUUGCUCUUGGGAAUUGUAGCCGCUGCUGUCUCCCAAUUGUUCACAAGUCCUAUUGGUGUAAUUUCCAAAAGACAACAAACGGCAUCCAAGCUCGGCCAAACAGGGUUCAAAGACGCUGUACGACAGAUUUAUCAUGAUGAGGAUAAUUUGACUGGUUUCUGGAGAGGGCUGAAAGUGUCAUUAAUCUUAACCAUAAACCCAUCGAUUACCUAUACAUCCUAUGAGAAACUCAAAGAUGUAUUCAUAAAAUCUGAGAGUGUAAACAGGGGUGAGCUGUUAGAUACAUCGACUCAGCUCACACCGCGUCAAAACUUUAUUUUAGGAGUUAUCUCUAAAAUGAUCUCUACUGUCAUUACUCAACCUUUGAUCAUCUCCAAGGCUUGGCUGCAACGAACAGGGACCGAAUUUAGAUCUUUCCAAGAAGUUUUGAUAUAUUUAUACACCUCUGAAGGGUUUUUGGCACUUUGGAAAGGUUUAGCACCCCAGCUAUCCAAGGGUCUAUUGGUGCAAGGUCUAUUGCUUAUGUUCAAGGGGGAAUUGGCUAAACUCAUGAAAAGACUGUUUCUUCACUUGAGACAGAUCAAUCGCUUGAGGAAGUGA